AUGUUUGAAAUCGGUCAAGUUAUUUACCACCUCUCAAAAACAAAUUCGAAGCCAUUAGAUAAAUAUGAAUUAGAGAAAUACAAAGAUAAAAAAUUUGUACAGUCACAAUUUGACGAGAUAACAAAGGAAGUUCCAGCGUUUAAAAAGAUUUUUCAUGUAUUCGUCGAUGAACGUGAUCGAUGUCUGGCAUUUUCAUUACAGGAAUGCGUUCGUUCUGGUAAAUAA